CAAGAGACCAAUACACACCGACAUCCCUCUGAUUGUGACCCUUAUACAGUCUUACCUCUCGCAUACUUCUUAGUCGCCCACCAUGGAUCCAUACUCGCACGAAGGAGAACUCUUGAACAUCCACACAGCAUUCCAUGCGGGAGCCCACCAACAAGUUCUCGACUUCGACACAUCGGGCUUCUCCUCGGAGAACGCUCUUCCCGUCCGUGUCCUACAGCUUCGCUCACAGAUCGCGCUUGGCCAAGCCAAAGAAGUCGCUUCCUCCCUUGCGAAAGAGUCCACACCAGACCUUGUAGCUAUACGGUUACUCGCUGAGUAUGAGAGCGGAAAGGAUAUACUUGCAGAAGUCAAGGGGCUGGUCGAGAAGCAGGGGCUGGAGAAUCUGACGGUGCAGUUGGUGGCAGGCAUAAUUCUCGAGAGGGCUGGAGAGACAGAAGAGGCGCUGAGUGUGCUGAGCAAGCACCAAGGAAGCUUGGACGCCGUUGCAUUGACUGUGCAGAUACACCUGCAGCAGAACCGCGCCGACCUGGCCUUGAAGGAAGCACAGCGCGCCCGAAAAUGGGCACAAGAUAGUCUUCUAGUCAAUCUUGCCGAGUCAUGGGUCGGAAUGCGCGAGGGCGGUGAGAAGUACCAAUCGGCAUUCUACGUCUUCGAAGAGCUAGCACAAACAUCACAAUCGCAAUCGCCGCACUCCCUCGUCGCACAAGCAGUCUCGGAACUACACCUCGGCCGUCUGCCGGAAGCUGAAGCUGCACUACAACAAGCAGUGCAGCUUGAUGCCAACAACGCAGAUACGCUCGCGAACUUAAUCGUACUGAACACGCUUUUGGGCAAGAAGGAUGAGGUUGUACAGCUGAAGGAUCAGCUGGCGGGCGUGGACAGCGAGCACCAAGUCUUGACAGACUGGGCAGAGAAGAAGCAGGCUUUUGAUCAGGCGAAGGCGAAGUAUACCCCAAAGUUUGAGGUGGCAGCUUAGAGCGUGGGCGAGUGCGAUAUGUAAGUGCCGUUGCAUGGACAAUCAAGACAGCAUGAGAUGGUAACCGAUCGGUUGAUCCAGAGAGAGUAGCAAUGGAACUUUCCAUCUGCGUAGUGCAAGCCACGGAAACCCUUAUGCACAAUAUUUAAUCUGCCAAAGACUACGGCUUGGCGGUCUUCUCCAGAUCGGAAGUAAGCACCAUGAUCAAGAC